AUGACAGAGUUGACCAUUUGUACACAUUCAGGUACUUUCCACGCUGAUGAAGCAUUGGCAUGUUAUCUUUUAAAACAAACAAAUAAAUUUAAAGACGCAAAAAUCAUUAGAUCUAGAGAUACCGCUGUUAUUAAUGCAGCUGAUGUUGCAGUUGAUGUCGGUGCAACCUAUGAUUUUUCUAAAUUGAGAUUCGAUCAUCACCAAGCUGGUUUCACAGAGACUUUUGAUGAUCAUCAUGAAAUUAAAUUGAGUAGUGCUGGUUUAAUUUAUAAACACUACGGUAAAGAAAUCAUAAAGAAUAGAUUAAAAGUAAAUGAUGAAAUCACUGAUAUUAUCUAUAAGAAAGAUUUUAUUGAAGAGUUGGAUGGUGUUGAUAAUGGAAUCGAAAGAUAUCCAGCUGAAAUCAAAGCUAAAUACAAGAUGAAUACAACAAUCAGUCAGCGAGUUGCGUCGAUGAAUCCCUAUUGGAAUGAAGAUCAAUCGGAACAGGUGCUCUAUGAGCGUUUCGAAAAGGCAAUGGCGUUGAUGGGUGAAACCUUCAAUGACAAGGUCGAUUACUAUGGAAAGAGCUGGAUGCCUGCACGUGCCAUCGUCGAAGAGGCACUUCGUACUCGUAAGGAAGUUCAUUCAUCGGGUCAACUCAUUGUGCUCAGACAGUUCUGCCCGUGGAAAGAGCACCUCUAUCACCUCGAGAAGCUCAACAACAUCAACAAGUCCAUUCUUUUCUGUUUGUUUGAAGAUAAUCUUGGAUCGUGGCGCAUCCAGGCUGUCAACCUCGACAACAGUUCGUUCACACUGAGAAAAGCACUCCCAGAGGCAUGGAGAGGUAAACGUGAUCAAGAACUGAGUGAUAUCAUUGGAAUCGAUGGUUACGCAAAUGGUUUCAUUGGAGGUCAUAAACAUAAAGAUGGUGCUAUGCACAUGGCAAUCAAAGCUCUUGAGAACUAA